GGCCAGGAGGAUGUGCCGUUUUCAAGGCUUGACAGGAUGUAUGUUCGUAUGACGUCGAUCAUUAGCUUAGCAUAGCAACAGCCGGUAAAGCCCGAUGAUUGGCUCUAUAGACGAAACACUUAUUGACUCCAAUCAGAGUGUGUAACGGCUCAACGGUGAUGUCAUAUGAUUCGAAGACGCAUGAAGAUUUACACGUCUGUUGGUUACCUUGUCUACCAGACAGUGGAAGAUAGAAAGAAAGGCCCACAGAAAAUUUCCUGUAAAAAAUUAGUUUGUUCAAACAAGCCUCUAGUUUGUCAUACCUGCCUUAGCCCUACAGAGCAGCAAGUUUUUAUCUAGGUCUGUUGUCGUCCGCUCCUUCAAUAGAAAAUUUCCUUCACAAACCUUCAAUGUUCUUGUCGGACACUGUGACCACCAUGAAUGCCUCAGCAGCAGUGAACUGGAGCUCCGCUAACGGAAUGGACGGCUUCCUGACGCCACAGCCGGCCUCGGACGUCAUCACGGCAAUAGUGGCCCCAACCGUGUACGGCCUCGUGACGGCGGUUGGUCUGGUGGGGAACCUGUUGGUGAUCUACACGCUGCUGAGGCACACGAAGAUAAAGGACGCUACGAGUUACUACAUUCUGAACCUGGCCCUGGCUGAUGCGUUCUUCAUGCUCGGGGUGCCUUUCAUCUCCGCCUCCUCCGCCAUGGGACGUUGGGUGUUCGGCAGAGCCAUGUGCAAGAUCGUCCUGUCGAUGGACGCCAUGAACAUGUUCAACAGCGUCUUCAACGUGGCCGUGUUGAGCGUGGACCGCUACUUGGCCAUCGUCUGCGCCACCAGCCGCCCCGAUCUCCGCCGACCGAAAGUGGCGGCCGCCGUCAGCCUGUCGGUGUGGGCGGCAGCCUUCCUGCUGUCCAUCCCCGUCAUGACGGUUAGUACCACCGUGGUGAUGUGGGACGGGAACUAUAUGUGCAGGCUGGACUGGCCCGCUGAGAACGCUCUGAUCUGGUACAAAGUCUUCACAUCUUACAUGUUUGUAAUAGGCUUUGUCGUUCCGCUGGCGGUGAUCAGCGUGUCCUACAUCCUAGUCGUGCGCCAUCUCAAACAAAACGAGUCCACGCACACCCAAGUGGCCAGGGUCGCCUCCAGGACGCGGACAAAAGUGACGCACACAGUCCUCGCCAUGAUCGUGACCUUCGUGAUCUGCUGGCUGCCAUUCCACCUGUGCCAGCUCGUCAACUUGAUCGCAGACCUGCAGCCGACGUCGGCCGUCGCGGUCGUUCUUCACGUCACCAUGGUCAUGUCGUACGCCAACAGUUGCGCCAACCCCAUCCUCUACGUCUUCACGAGUCAGAAGUUUCGGCAGAGCCUGCGGUCCGCGCUGAGGCUGAGGCAGACCGAGCCCCGGGCCGCCGAUCCGCCCAGUUAUUACCUCCGCACGAGAGAAACGAGCGUCGCUCGAAGGCGACGGGAAGAGAACGUCUUCUUCGAAGAAGAAAGAUGUCAGGUAAACAUUAGUACGGCUCCUCAAGACGUUGUCAUGUAUGAAACAUCAGUUUAGAGCACACAAAAAUUCAGAUAAGACUUUAUGAACCAAGACACAGUGUUAAGCUGGUAAUCGAUUCAUUAUGUAUUGUGUUGUCGUUUUGAACGAUUGAGUCAUUAAGUUCCUUGAUUAGAUUCCAGAUUUUCACGGUAUCUGUAUCUGUUUCGUAAAGCCGGUAUAACUGUCCUUUGGCGUAACGCAUGAGGUUUUGUAUUUGUACCUGUAUAACCGAUGUUAUUACCCUUUGGCGUAACACACCAGUUUUGUAUCUUCAUAGCCGGUAUCACUGUCGUUUGGCGUAAGGAAUUAGCUUCUGUAUCUGUAUUCGUAGAGCCGAUAUAACUGUUCCUUGGCUUCGUAGGCGCUAGGCACUUGGUGCGGUUGCAGCUGGUUCUACAACACUAACAGCUAUUGUACAUCUAGCCGCAAGCGUUGUUUAAAGCUAUCUAGAGCAUGUGUCUGGUAAACAGACAAAUAUUGAACGUAAUGUGUUAUUGAGUGGUAAUUUGUGUCG